GAUCUCUUUUGGCAGAUCCAUACCAACCUAUUGCUUCAUUUCUUAUUCAGUUUACAGAGAAGUCAUGUCUGGUGUAAAGGGUGGUUGUGGUGGAGGAGGCAGUGGAAGUGGAGGAUCAUCAGACCAAUACAAAAAUACUAAUCCAUGUACACCUGUUCAGCAAUAUCAGGGUAACAACACUGUCCAGGGAUGCACAGGCACUGUUAAUCCUUGUCAGCAAGGUCAGGUUGGCCAGAUAACUGGAAGCGGAGGAGCUAAUAUCAGCCAAAUUAGUGGAGGAUGCAUCGGUGGAAGUGGAGGAGCUAAUACCAGCCAGAGUAGUGGAGGUUGCACUGGUGGAAGUGGAGCAAUUGACACCAGCCAGAUCAGUGGCAGUUGCAUCGGUGGAAGUGGAGGAUAUGGCACCAGCCAGAUUAGUGGAAGUGGAGGAUAUGGCACCAGCCAGAUUAGUGGAAGUGGAGGAUAUGGCACCAGCCAGAUUAGUGGAAGUGGAGGAUAUGGCACCAGCCAGAUUAGUGGAAGUGGAGGAUAUGGCACUAGCCAGAUUAGUGGAGGUUGCACCGGUGGAAGUGGAGGAGGUUGCAGCAGCCAGAUAAGUGUGAGUGGUGGAAGCUAUGGAUCAGGCUGUGGAGGAGUAUCUGGUGGCCAGAAUGGUGGGGGUGGAGCCAAAAAGUGAAGAUCACAAUCCAGAUUCGAAUUGUACAACAUACUUGAAAAUCUUUGCUAACCCAACAUGGUGAAAUGAUUGAAAAAAAAUCUUUAAAGUGUUCAUUUUCCUGUUGAACAUGCUGUAACCCUCUCUUUGAAUCUCAAUAAACAAGCAGAUUAAAUCAA